UAAAUGUGCUAUAUAAAUGCGCCUUUCAUCUCAUUCUCACGUCGCACAGCUAUCACAAGUGAAUUCAUUCUACAGGUCCUAUCUCUAAACCUGAUUCGACCGUGCUAAUAACAAUGGCUUUUCACAAAGGCUUGAACAAGUUCCGCUCCGCGGCUUCAGCAUUCUCUCUUCGAAACGCAACGUAUCAUCUACACACAUUAUGGUUGUUCACCUGCGAUCAAAACCUCGAUGUCAUUCUUCCAUGCACAGUAUUCGCCAUAUCCGCAGCAAUGUCAGGACCUUUGCUGAGCCUUCCCACAUUGACGGUGUCGGAUAUACUGUGCCAGUCUCCGGUCGUUCUGGGGUGGCUCUGGCUCAUGGUCCUGCAGUGCUGCCUCCAGAAUCAACGGAACGAAACUUCGGUGGAGGAGGACAGAAUAAACAAACCAUGGCGCCCUAUACCCUCCGACAGAUUGACUUGCUCACAAGCAGAGCGCUUGCUGGUUGUUUCGAGUGUUAUGAUCGCAAUGGUCAGCAGCCUACUUGGUGUACUUCCUAUCUGGAUCAUUUACACAGUCGCCGUGAUUGGUUACAACGACUUUGGAGGCGGAGAGUCGAACUUCGUGCUCCGUAAUGCUAUCAAUAGCAUCGGCUAUGCAUGCUUCUUGUCGAGCGCCUUAAAGGUUGCAGCAGGUUCUGGAUUCAUGAUGACCCAAGAAGCGGGACAAUGGGUUGGAAUUAUGAUGCUCGUUAUCUUCACGACCAUUCAUGCUCAGGACUUCCGUGAUGAGCCUGGCGACAGUGCUCGGGGACGAAGCACAAUUAUCUCGGCUAUUGGAAAUACAACAGCUCGAGUCGCUUUAGUGGCUGGGAUUUUAUUUUGGUCGAUAUUCAUUCCGCUCUUCAUGAGAGCUGGGAUCAUUGCAUCCUCUCUACCUUGGGCAUUGGGCAUGGGCGUUGCUGGCAUGACUCUGUAUGGCAUCAACAAGCGUAAUUUUGCUCUUGAUGCAAAGAUGUAUAAGCUUUGGGGCGUCUGGAUGCUGAGCUUGACAACAAUGCCACUAGCGCACGCAUUGCGGGUAUGAACACUUGCUAUUCUUGAUUGUGGUGAGAAGACAUGGUUUUGGAUAAUAUGUUUUUGGCAACGUCUAAUUGAGUUGUAGCUUGGUAAAAUCUUUGAACAUCGCGCUUUGUCUCUGUUUGACACAAGAGUAUCUCGCGAAAAUUUUAUAGAUGGAGUUCUGGUAUCAAUGUCUCUGUCUUUUUGUACAUAAUCAAAUUAAUAUUGAGUCUUAUUUCAAUAUAUCUGAUCGAU